AUGGAAACAACAAAUACUGCCCUGCUACAUGCCUCUAACACAACCGUCCAGAUACUUAAACUGCAAGACGAACUUACUAAAUAUAAAAAUGAGCUCAUCCGUUUUAAAAAACAAAAAUUGGAAAAAGUUAAUAAUGACUAUAAAUAUCAUCAAGUGUACAGAUGGUUGGGAGGCUCACAUGACAACUACAGGCCAAAUACAAGAUUCAGAACUAAAAUUCGUAAACCAUCCUUUCAAACAGUUGAUGCCAGUUCUGGUGACUCUACCUCUGACCCUGACUCUAGGGGAGACCAGAGAAUACAAUUGAAUGAUACUUUUUUAGUGAGGGACUCUCAACGAGGGGAACCCCCAGACAUACCUCGAGUUGGUACCCGAGGCGCAAAAAGAACCGCCCAUUACGAAGAGGGCGGAGCAACUGGAAAAAAUACAAAUCCCAGUGGGAGACCACCCAGAAUGAGGAAAUGA